UAAAAAAGACAUUAAAUAGAAAGAUAUUCAUAGAAUUAUUAUAAGGAUGCGUUAUGCAGACUUUGAUUGCUUAAUUUUUCCUUUAAACCGGAGGGUUCCUAUACCAGAGUUCCGGACAUCAUUCUGUUUGACGCAUGAUCCAGACCAUAUAACGGCAUUAAAUAACCACCAAAAGUUCUUAAAUAGCCAAGUAAAUUCGGAUAAUCUUGGUAUAAAUUCAAAUACGAAUUUAUUUGAUACAUAUACCACGUUAACGCUUCCAACGGUUACAACGUUUAUUCCAUGUCUUUCACCGUCGGAUCCUAUGAAAAUAUCAUUGCAUUCAUGGACGUUACCACAUAUAUCUAGACCGAUGGCAUCGAUGCCACCUGAACCGGAAGAAAAUGUUGCAUAUAUACCUAUGUUUGAGGCGCGGGUGUAUAUUGAUGGAAUACCUAUUACAUAUCAGCUUAUGUUACCGCAUUCUAAAUGGCCGAUUGUUAUUGAUAGUUAUAACGAUCAUAAUAAUACGUCUCACAGAUUUUAUUUUCCAUGUCAUAAAUUGGAAAAUAUAUCUAGUCUUACGGGAUAUGCAAUACCGCCUGAUUUUUCAUCGAUUAAAGUGAUUUUAUCAGAAGGAUGGUUGAAAACACGUGAAAAUGUUCGACCAUUAUUUAAACGAGUUCGUAACAUUGUAUGCUUUAUGUUUCAAUAUACAGAAUCAGAACUUUUAGAAGCAUCAGGUAUUUCUUAUCCAUCCUUUCGUCCUGUUAACAGCUAUACUCUUUCAUGCUUUUCACCUAAUUCAUAUUUAAACUAUCAAUCAAACGAUGUACCUCUUCCGCUUCCCAACAAUAAUUCACCUCAAAGUUCUCUUUCUGAUACAAAUUUGCAAAUAACAACUAGUGUUGAAGAUCAAAUCGAAAAUGUUACACACUUUAAUCCUUUACCUUCUUCAUCUUUCGAUUUAAACAAAUCACAAUUCACCAUACCAAUCAAUACUCAACCUUUUUCUGAUUCUUUAUCUGAAAAUACUACAUCAAUUAUUCAUCAUAUCGAUUCUGGCUCAUCUUACAAUAUUUAUCCUUCUUUAAUUCAAUCUCAAAACGACUUAUCUUUAGAUACUAACUCUAACGAAAAUAAAGAAAACACUUCAAAUACUCAAAAAUCCCCACGUAAAACGAUAAUACGCUCUUCUCUUUCAAAAAGUCCUACCAAAUUAAAAAAAGAUCUCAAAACUCCAAAACGCUCUCAGCUUCUUAAAGAAAUACAGUUACAAGGAAUACAAACUUAGCUUCCUCAUUCCAUAAACAUAUCAUUCACAAUUUAUUCUUCUAUUA